UAUACACACUUGCCCAUACAUACACAUACGUACGUACACAGAUAGCUACAUAAACACACGAAUACAUACGUACGUAGGCUACAUACAAACACACACAACACACACACACAAACGUCCCCUUUACUCGUGACAUGUCCCCUGCAGUGACGACCGUGUCGGGGACGAAACACGGACCGCGGCCACGGAGCUUUCAUGCUGUAGUUUCCAUAUAUUGUCAGCUUCAGCGAAGAUACCAACCCAGCGAAAGGAAAAGAUAGAUAAAGAGAGAGAGAGAGAGAAAAAAAGCGCGGGAGAGAGAGAUAAGGAGAGGAAUUCUGAGAUAGAGGAGAGAACCCAAAGGCUACCAAGAAACAGGAGUACGUAUCAAGGGAACUGUUCGACAUUCUUCAUGAUAAUUCUGUGACAUUCGUCAAGAAUUUCUUCUGGAUAUUUCCUAAAUGAACCGAUACUAUGUUAGCUAAUCACUACCAGAACUAACGAACCAAUUUGAAAAGCUCAUCUUUUCCUUCAGCACGCCAGAACCAUGUUGUCUUCGGACUCAUCAAACAUCAGCAAAGCAUUGAGUUGGAAUGAGACUGACCUGGAUACCAGAUACACGGAGGGCGGCAUCGUUUAUGCCAUUGCAUUUGUCGGUAUUUUAGGCAAUGUUGCAGUCUUGUUGGCGGUGAUGAUGUUUAAGAAGCUGCGCCAUGCUGCAACUGCUUUUCUGUCGCAUCAUUGCCUCCUCGACCUUAUUAAAUCGGCUUUUUGCAUCACACUCGGCUACAGUCUUCAGCAUCGUCAGGAGAUUCCUCACUGCAAUUGGUUCGGCACAGUUUACAUCAUACUGAUGACAGCAUCGGCUUACAACUUGUUUGCAAUCGUAGUUAACGAAGAAUACCACAUGAUCUACUACAGACAGAACUACAAUAAUUAUCUCUGUAUCAGUUUCGGGUUGUUUAUGAUCUGGUUUGCUAGCAUUCUCAUUCAUCUCGGCGUCGGCUUUUUACCGAGCCGACUGCAUUACAACAAAGACAUAGGAUUCUGUUCAUUUAAACAAGGAAUUCCAAGCAGUGUUGUGACCCACGUCUGUUGGCUGAUCUUGAUAACCUUUGCAAUAACCCUGACACUAGUCGGUCUAUGGUUCCUCCAUCAGAAAGUACAGUACCAUGCAUAUACACCGCAGAAUGUUUUCGGUGAAGAUUUCCUUGCGCACGAUGAGAAGGAUAUUUUAUGGGAGAUAGAGACAGACGAAUUGCAUUCAGAUGUCCAACCGUUUUUUAUCGACAACCAUCGGAGAAGAGUUUUCAUGUUAAUAGGGAUGACUGCCACUUACCUUUUGUGCUGGCUGCCCUUAUUUGCGAUCACGAUUUUCGAUGUGAAUUUCAUAUUAAAGCCCCAGCUCUAUAAAAUCUUGACAAUCGUGGCCUGGAGCCAACCGAUAACCACCCCGGUGUUUGCCAGCGUCUAUCUUUGGGACAUUGCCGACAAAUUCAACUUGGAGAAAGAUCUCCAGAACAAAAUAGCUCAGAUAAACCACAAAGAUAUGGAAGCUUCCCAGGUGGAAACCACAUACAACACAGCCUCCACAGCAUUACUCAGACAACCAGUUUCCUUCCAGAAUCGGCUGCUGAACACUCCGACAAGCUUGGCGUCAUCAGAAUGUGGUGAGGUCAGCAGUAUGAGAAGGCACAUGGAUUAUAUGGAAUCAAUGGGACACUCGGGUAUAACUAACGAAGGGGCUUUGAGUUUGAGCAGCUUGCCUCGCGGCCAUGGCAGUCUGUGGAUGAGACAAGACGCGUCUCUUUAAAAAAAAAGACAAAAACCGAAAUUUUUUAUUGGUUGAUUGGUCAAAGUCACAUGACCAUGAAUUAUGUCUGACACCAAGAUUUUCAGAAAGACCAAAAGAAAAAAAAAUACAACAAAAUA